GAAGCGCCCAAGCAUCAUCUGCCUCGGGUCACAUCCCGUGACUCUCAAACAACAUUUCCAAUAUAUGACAUGUUCAUCAGUUGCUGCAGUUCCUGCAUUCGAGUCUGCAUUCUCCAUUUCGUUAUAACAUCUUCUGCCUUCGUCAUUUGCCCACAAAUAGGUGUGUGUGUCGCCUUGGGAGAUAAAGAUGCAUCGACUUCUUUAAUCUUUCAUUUGAUAUAGACUUGUAGAUGGUUCCGCAACCGCUGAUAUUCCGAAGGUCACAUUCGUCGCCCACCGCUCCACCCCUAACAAUCCACGUAGCACGCAUCAUCCCAGCUGCUCGUGCACC